AAUCUUGGCAGCGUAUAUAAUUUUUUUCUUCUAUUUUUUAUAGCAGUUUUUGACGGUUUACAGCAGUCAUUGUAAAACAGUUUGCGAAGUAAAACAGUCCGGUGUCAAAAUUCUAGUACCAUAUUUUUGUUCUGUACUUUGCCCAAUUAUACCUAAAGGCAAAGAUGUAUCGUACUCUAAGUGCCACGUGUAAUUUGUCUAGAAAGCUAAAUCAUUAUCUUCACACAAGCAAUAUUAUCAGGCACAAUGUAAUUCCGAACUCCGUUCCUAUAAAUGAAAAAUCUACAGAGUCUGAACAGCUUCGUAAUUUACGUCUGGCUAUAACACCAAGCUAUGGGUAUGGUUCCAAUAGUUACGACGGUGGGAACUCUCCAGUUUAUUCUUCUACUCUAGCGGGCGAUCCGAGACAUGUGCAAAUGCGUCAGGAUAUUCGAAAGGAGGUCCUUGAAAAAUGGAAGAGACCGAAACCAGAUUCACAGCGAGAAUGGUUGAAAAAUCUGAUGUUUAUCUAAAAUAUACAUAGUUUGGUAAUAUGUAUUUAUGUUUAUAUCAGUAUUCUUUUAGUAAUUUAAAUGAAAAAAAU